CCUCCAGCCCCUGAAAUGUUUCUUCUGAAUUUUUCAGGUCCUAGUAGCUUGGAUAUAUUUGAGGGGCAUUCAAAGGCAACCAUGCUUCUAAUUGUUAACAACGCGGCACAAGGAAUUCUGUCUUCCUUUUUUUUCAAAUAUGCUGGCAUAGCAUCUGCUUUGUUGUUUGGUCAUACACUGACCAUAAACUUUCUUCUUGGGAUUUCUGUUGUUUUCAUCUCAAUGCACCAGUUCUUUUCACCUCUUGCAAAAGUUAAAGAUGACCAACACAAUGGGACAUUGGAGUUGAUUGAUGUCGGGGAGAAGCAUAGCUCUAAAGAUUCAUCCUUCGUAAAUAUGGCAGCAGGAGCAAAUGAGGAGGCUAGUCAUCUAGUAGGACCUGAUGAAAGACAGCCACUUCUUCCAAGAUGAAGUUAUUUGAACUGUCAUUUCUAGGGCAUUUUGUGGUGAGCAUUUACAGGGAGUGUAGAAUAUGAGGUCAUUCAGAUUAAUAUCCAGAAGAAAUAAAGAAGAAGGUUCUGUUGUUUCUCUUUUCUUCUCUCCAAAAUUUGGUCAAUCCCUCUGUGCUUCACGGGAUUCUUUCAUCUGGAGAGGACUAUAUGUUGAUGAAGGAGUUUUAGGUAGACAACAGCAAUAUAGUUCUCCUGCAAUACAAAUAUGUGCGAUGGACGUUGUAUAAGUUACAUACCACUUACAAAAAGACAUGUAGGGUUACACAUUGAUUUUCUUGUAAACAGUUGACAGAUAUCAAUUCUUUCAUACAUUCUUGUAAUCAAGUGAAUUUUGAUGAUAGAACUGUGCCAUAGAAUUUGUGAUGUUUAUUUUCAAGAAGGAUGUUGGUUUAUCCUGGUUUAAAAGGCAGACGAUGGUUCAAAAUA